AUGGGACUCUGUGAGGAAGUGGAUAAGGACCCACGAGAAAGGCAAACCGUUAUGAAGAAGCUACUAAAGACCAGCGCUGCCCAAUCGCCCAAAUGCCUCGGGAUGAGAAUCGAUGAAAGGCUCAAGUUAAAGAAGCGUAUCCAGCGAAUGAGCGAUAAGUUUUGCAUAGCAAUUAAUAAUAGCCCAGUCGUUAGUGAAAUCUCUCAACAAUCAAACAUGGAUGAGAUCACAGGCACCUACCAACCCCAAGCAAAAGCUCAGCCAAAUUUUGAUAUGGCCACCAUUUUGGCUGCACUCACAUUGUUGAAAGAUGAAUUCAGAUCGGGUUUCCUAGAACAAAGAAAAGAAAUAGAAAACUUCAAUAACACAUUUGAUAAGUAUAUAAAUAUAAAUGACGCAGGAGUGAAAAAUGAAUCAAAAAUGGAGUUAAGGCAUCAAGCAGUCCAUAUCAAUGAAACCAAUAAUAAACAAGACAUCAAGUCUGAAGAUGUCACUAAUAUACAGAGCUCAUCUAUUCAAGAUGGUGAACCACUAGGAAGUAAUAAUGAUGAAAGUACUAUGGAAAUUAAAGAUGGAGAGGAUCCUACAAAUGUACAAAGUAUUGAAAACUUUGUAGUUGAUAAUAAUGAAAAUUUAGAUGGAAGUCAUGCUAAUGAAGAAAUAAAGGAAACCACUGAUGAUGAAAAGGAUUGUGGGACUACUGUUAUUUGUGAAGAAUCCAUGGCCGAAACAGUCAAUGAUAGUGAGCCAUCCGGAGCUGAAAAAGAGAACAUUGAUGAAGAAAAAGAAAUAUUAAUUGAAAAUGAAUUAAUGAAGGAAGAUGAGUCUAGAUCUGAUAAAAUCAACCCUGAUUUGCCAGUAAUAGAAGAGACUGAUGUAAGUGAAGAUAAAAAGGAAGAAACUGUAACCGACAUCACAACUAAUGAUAGACCUUCUAAACCUAAGGAUAAAGUUGUUGACAUCAGGUUCUAUGAGCUAUCUUGUCGUGAAGGUGUUGAAGGCAAGCCGUGCAGAUUCAUGGACAGGAAACUGCACAACCAAUCCCGCUGCGUUCAGAAGUAUUCAUAUACCUAUGCCAUUGUAAAGGAGCCUUUAGCCGAAGAAAUGAAGCCACAUCACCGAUUAAAUCAUUUCACCUCCUUCUCAGCGAAGGGGACCAACUGGAUGCUUGACUACAUCAGGGUGCGGAGCGGGUGCAGCUGUGAGGUCACGCCGAGGGCAAAGAAAAAGAGGAACCUAAAGAGUAAGCGCGUCAAGAAAGGACGUGAAAGUGAAGAAGAUUAA